UGAUGUGGUGUGAAAGGGAGUUUUCACUGGAGUGUGCAGCGCGGAUGGUAAACUGACUUAAUGAUGUAUUCAGCCAUUUGCAGUUCAGAGUUUGAAGUUUGGAUCAAGAAUGAAUGAAUGUGGUCUGAGGAUAUUUUAUGUUAGCGGAGAGGAAGGGGCCAGGAAGCCACCGCUGGCCAGCUGCUGCAAAGCAAAAAUCAGCAUUCACAGAGUGAAAUUGUGUAUAAAAGAGGCCUGCUGACCAGGGAAGAGUGGAGAAGACACAGCGGAAGGAGCAUCAUGGACCUUGCUGCGACAGUGAUCUUGGCAGGGCUAAUCUUAGCUCUGCUGUGGCUGCUGAGGGUAAAAAACAGCAGGAAGUAUCACUUGCCUCCAGGACCUGCUGCACUUCCUCUCAUAGGAAACCUGCCACAGCUGGAAAAAAGAACACCUUUCAAGAGCUUUGUCAAAUUCAGUGAAAUCUAUGGUCCUGUGAUGACGUUGUACCUGGGCUGGCAGCGGACGGUUGUUCUGGUGGGAUAUGACGCAGUCAAGGAGGCUCUAGUGGACCAGGCAGAUGACUUCACGGGCAGAGGGCCGCUGCCGUUUCUGAUGAAAGCAACAGAGGGCUAUGGUUUGGGGAUCAGCAACGGCGAGCGCUGGCGCCAGCUGCGACGUUUCACACUGUCAACCCUGAGAGACUUUGGGAUGGGACGCAAAGGGAUGGAAGAGUGGAUCCAAGAGGAGAGCAGACACUUGAUAGCCCGCAUAAAUACAUUCAAAGCCAAGCCGUUUGACCCCACCUUCCUGUUGAGCUGCACUGUGUCCAAUGUGAUCUGUUGCAUGGUGUUCAGCCAACGCUUCAGCUACGACGACAAGAAGUUCCUGCACCUCCUCAGCAUGAUAAAUGGGGUUUUGAAGUUCAAUAGCAGCUUUUUGGGUCAGAUGUACAACAUCUUUCCCUGGCUCAUGGAGCAUCUGCCCGGACCCCAGCACACUAUGUUCGCUCACAUUAAGGAGCUGAGAGAGUUUGUCAAGAUGAAGAUCCAGGAGCACAAAGACACACUGGACCCCAGCUCCCCAAGAGACUAUAUUGACUGCUUUCUCAUCCGAAUGGAUCAGGAAAAGGACAUUCCCACAACUGAGUUCCACAAUGAAAACUUGGUGUCAACAGUGAUGAAUCUUUUCCUGGCAGGAACGGAAACCACAAGCUCCACCCUCAGAUAUGCCCUCAGUGUGCUGAUCAAAUACCCCAACAUUCAGGAGAAAAUGCAGCAGGAGAUUGACUCUCUGAUUGAACAUGAACGUUGUCCAAAAAUGGAGGACAGGAAGUCCCUCCCCUUCACAGAUGCAGUCAUCCACGAGGUGCAGCGUUUUCUGGACAUAGUCCCCUUCGGUCUCCCUCAUUAUGCACUCCAGGACAUCUCGUUCAGGGGUUAUACAAUCCCCAAGGGCACUGUGAUAUUCCCCUUGUUGCACUCUGUGCUGAAAGAGGAAAAGCAAUGGCAAACUCCCUGGUCUUUCAACCCUGACCACUUCCUGGACCAGAAUGGCAACUUCAAGAAAAAUCCUGCGUUUCUGCCAUUUGCUGCAGGGAAGAGAGCCUGCGUUGGCGAGUCCCUUGCUCGUAUGGAGCUUUUUCUCUUCCUGGUGUCGCUGCUGCAGCAUUUCACCUUUUCCUGCCCUGAAGGCCCUGACGGUAUGACCCUCAUUCCAGAGUACAGUGGCUUUGCCAAUAUGCCUCGCAGGUACCAGCUCAUGGCCACAGCGCGGUGAAAAGAGGAUCUCCACUCAGACAGCUGGACGACUGUGCAAACCUGCACGGCUUUAUUGUGACACAGCAACGUUUUCGAGCAGUUGAUGCCUCUUGUUACCUGGCUGAUACAGCAAACAGGCCCAUCAGACUCAAAAUUUAAGGAACAGAUUCUCUCCCAGUGUAAUUCUGAAUAAUGUAUUUUGGUUUGGUUGGUUUUCCAUGUAUUUUCUCUUUGGUGUGAAUGUUAAUAAACUCUGUGAACGUGUU